AGCGCAGUGCGAGAGGGGCGGGGGGCCCGCGCGCCGUCCCUGCGCGGCGGUCUCCCCCGGGGGGUGCGCCUCGCGGCCGCGAGAGCCCGCGGCGCGCCUCUGGGGAUCGGCCAAUGGCCGACGGCCCGCAGCACCGGCUCGCGAGCAUGCAGCCGGAAGGGGCGCCGACCGAGGACGAAGACAGCGUGACGACGGCCUGCCCGGAGAUGGACCGCGAGAUGCCAGGGCAAGCCGAGGCCGCCCUGCCCGCGCCGCAGCGCCCGCGGGAGAAGUCCCUCGGAGGCCUUGUGCAGCAGUUCGAACAGGCGGUCGGCGACUUCCAGCAGGUCCUCACGCCCGGGGCCGCGGGCAGCCCCGACAAGUUCCCCACCUUCUCGACGCUCCUGGGCUCCUCGCCCGCCAGCCCGGUGUACACUGCCUCGCCCGGGAGCUCGAUCUUCCCAGGCAUUCGACCCACCAGUCCUGGCGUGAGGGUCACUGGCAAUGACAAAGCGCACGUCGAGCUGGUCACCGAGGACGUGCUCGACGCUCGGAUCGCGCAGCUGACCCACGCGAUGCACGCGCAGUUGGCCCACGCGAUACACGAGGAGCUCGCGUCCCUCGAGGCGCGGCUGCAGAGCAGCUUCGAGGCGCUGGGGGCGAGGUGCGCAGCCCUCGAGAAGAGGGACGGGGAGCACGCCCAGGAGCUCACGUCCCUGGAGUCGCGGCUGCACGAAGCGCUGGGGGCGAGGUGCGCGGCACUCGAGAAGAAGGGCGGAGAGCAGGCCCAGGACCUCGAGCGGUACGGGCACCACCAGCGCGCCCUGGCCGAGCGGGUCGACGGUUUGCAGCGGCAGUCCGCCGAGCAGGACAAGCGCGUGGCGCAGGAGCUGGAGCAGCUGGGCCACACGAGCGGGCAGGCGCUGGACAGCCUCCGGCUUGUCGGGCCGAGGCUCGACAAGAUGGCCCAGGGCCACAGGGACAGCGUGGAGGCGCUGGAGCUGGCGAACCAGCAACUGGU